CCUACUUUACUCAUAUCCCCAACAACCCAUUUGUAAUGGCAGCACUCAAUCUUAUACUGCUAGCAGCUUUCCUUUUUCUCUUCAAUUUCACUGCAAAUUCAACGGCACUCCCCACAAGUUUUAUCAAAACUUCAUGCAAAACCACCACAUAUCCACAAGUAUGCGUUACUUCUUUAUCAGUUUACGCACCAACCAUCAAACGUAGCCCGCAGCAGCUCGCACAAACAGCCUUGUCAGUAAGUCUGGACAGGGCACAAUCCGCUCACACUUUCAUCACCAAACUCAACAAAUUUAAAGGUUUGAAAUCAAGAGAAUACGCAGCUCUAAAAGAUUGUUUGGAGGAAAUGAGUGAGACAGUGGAUAGGAUCAAUAAAUCUGUUAAAGAACUUAAACGUAUGGGGAGUUCACGUGGGAAGGAUGUUCAGUGGCAUAUGAGUAAUAUUCAGACAUGGAUUAGUGCGGCUAUUACAAAUGAAAAUAGUUGUGCAGAUGGGUUUGCUGGAAGGGCUUUGAAUGGUAGGAUUAAGCGUUCGAUUAGAGCCAGGGUGACUCAUGUAACUCAGGUUACGAGCAAUGCUUUGGCCUUAAUUAACCAAUUUCCUGCAAAGCAUUAACAGCUAUAUAUAGUUCAAUUUUAUGUUUUCACAUUUUGAGCUUAUGUGGUUUGGGUUUUUCCUUUUUCCUUUUUUUGUGUAAAAGUUUUGGUUUGAUGGGAACUAUAUAUAUAUAAGCGAGAAUGAAAUUUUAUUAGUGUAAAAUGGAGAACUAAUGGAUUAUGAUGUGGAUGUCUCCCAAAAUAGGCAAAUUAAAUGUAUGUGAUAGUAAUAAAGUGAUAGUAAACAAUUGAGUUUAUCUAUCCCACAAACACUUGAUUAUUGACAA